GGCGUUCAAGGCUAACGAAGAAUACAUCAAUGCCAGUCACGUUGUGGAAGAAAGCCAAGGAAAAGAGCCUAUUAUGCUAGAAAAAGGCAACCAUCAAUUUGACUUUGAGUACAGACUACCUGACAAUCUGCCUUCUUCUUUUAUUGGUAAGUUUGGGAGUGUUACGUAUGUGUUCAAGGCUAGUGCUUAUGGUGAUCGCCCUGGUGACACCUCACUCAUCAGUGAACCCUUUCUCAUCCUCCGCAGUCUGCCCCUCCCCGAGCGAUUCAGACAUGGUGCUUCCGCAAAAUUGGAAAAACGCAUAUGGAAAAAGCUGUCAAGUGGGAAAGUCAAGCUCUCAGCCAGUAUAAACCGGGUAGGAGGAACCCAGGGGGAGGACCUGUUCAUAAACGCUGAGGUAGCAAACAGAUCUCCUGCCAGGAUUACUGCGAUGCAGACCUCAAUUAUCAUGAAUACCCUCUACCACGCUCAAAACCGUGCUAUACCCUUCCGUCAAAUUGUCAAUAAGCGACGGGACGAGUAUGAACUAUUACGUGGUGACGGACGUCGAUGGCAAAAUGUGCGUCUGUCUAUCCCUCCCUAUAUCCCUGAAACGAGACUCGAGUAUUGUGAUAUCAUUGAAGUCUCCUAUACUCUACAGUUCAGGAUAGAAAUCGCAGGUGGGAAAGAAAUGAAAAUAGAAUUUCCAUUUAUGGUCGGAUCCAUGCAAGAAGGACAUGAAAUUGUGUCACGUAAUAAAAACAGCAUCAUGAACCGUCAGUGGACGUUGAGCUCGAAGGAGCUCCAAAUGGGCCCAGCACGUGACCCGGCCCCGGAUUACGGCCAUGACGGGGACUGGUAUCACGAGAAUGUGCCAGAACUUCGCCCAGAAGAUUCUAAGGUUACAAACCCAUUGUUUCAGGAUCAUGACAAAAAGAUUACACAUAAAAACAUUGAAAACUUCCAACCUACACUGGAUGAGCUGCCAGAGGUUAUUGAAAACACAAAACUAUGAUACUGGGAUUCUAUCUAAUGUUCCACAAUGGAUUACAGAUAGUAGUGAAAAGGGUUGCAUCUUUUCAUUACAAUGAACUGUGCAAAGGUAUAUAAUACAGUAUACAAACCUUUUUUUCAGAAAGAUGACCAUUUGUGUUAAGACUAUGAAAACUCAAGUUUUUGAUUGGAAAAGCAUGUUUAUAUGAGAAUGUGUGACUGGUUUAGAUUUAGAUAGAAAAACAAAGAGUAUAUAAUUACAAAGCUAUGUUGUGAUAUAUACAUUUCAAGGAGAAGACUUUUAGCAUUAUAGUCAAUGAUAAAUUAAAAGUUGAACAAAUAUCUCUGUGCAGUUGUUUCUAGACUAUUCCCCAGUCCUGACCCAGGAUAGGGCUGCCAAUGUGAGCAGCCUGGCUGUAUUUACAAUAAAAUAAAAUGUGACGUUCUUGCAAUAUGGAACAAUAUAAAGUAGACUUGACUACAACACUGGGGGCAGUUAUGGGCGUGGGAAACAAAAGUUCUUAUUGCCAAUAAAAGUCAUAUAAGUGCUAAUAUCUCAUAGUUGAUAGUGUAGAUGUUAAAAUGAUUUUUGCUGAAUUUCUUAUAUAAAUUGUCAUGAAUUGCCAAGGUAGAGCUUAAAAGCUUAGAUAACUUAUUUUUGUGUGAUAGAUUUUACUAUGAAUACAUUAAAAUAUGCUGUAACUAAAAACAAUAGUUUUCACUAUUCAUAAAUAUUGAUAUAUCAAUCACUCAUGUGUAAAUAAAUUCGGUUUUUGGAAGACGUCCUAAUGGAUCAAAUAUCACUAAAAUGCCUUUUCUGCCUUCAAUGCUUUAAGUUUACAUGUAUAUAUAUUUAAUGAAGGAUUUAUUUUAGUAAAGGAGGUAUGAGGCAUGUUUUACUCCGCUCAAGGUAAUUUUUUCUUAAUGUUGGGAGCCCAAGGGUCCAUUGCUCUAGAUCUAAACAAGUAGUCAUAUGUCUUAUGGUAUUACGUUUUUGCUCAUUAGAUAAUGGUUUAAAGAUUUAUUUAUUUUUUUAAAUGGAUGUUUCCACUUAAACUAAUGAUAAUCUAAAUUAAUCUGCAGUACCUUUAAUUCACAUACAAAUACCUAUAGAAACAUCAUAACCCUCAAAAAGCCAAAUUUCACCUUAAAGUUUGCUUCUUUACUUAGGGUCUAACAUUAUGCGGGACAGGAGG